AUGGCCAGCUCCCAGAAGGCCCUGAUGCUGGAGCUCAAGUCCCUGCAGGAGGAGCCGGUGGAAGGUUCCCGGAUCACCCUGGUGGAUGAGUCCGACUUCUACAACUGGGAGGUGGCCAUCUUCGGACCCCCCAACACCCUCUACGAAGGCGGCUACUUCAAGGCGCAUAUAAAAUUUCCUAUUGACUACCCAUAUUCACCACCUACCUUCAGAUUCUUGACCAAAAUGUGGCACCCCAACAUUUAUGAGAGUGGACAUGUAUGCAUUUCAAUUCUUCAUCCACCCGUAGAUGCCCCACAGAGUGAUCAACUGAACUCCGAAAGGUGGAAUCCUACUCAGAAUGUCAGGACUAUCCUGUUAAGUGUAAUCUCAUUGCUUAAUGAGCCCAACAUCUUCUCCGCAGCCAAUGCGGAUGCUUCCGUUAUGUUCAGGAAAUGGAGCGACAGUAAAGGAAAAGACGAAGAAUAUGCUGAAAUCAUUAGAAAACAGGUUUCAGCCACUAAAGCCGAAGCAGAAAAGGAUGGAGUGAAAGUACCCACGACCCUGGCAGAAUAUUGCAUCAAAACUAAAGUGCCUUCCAAUGACAACAGCUCAGAUUGGCUUUAUGACUUGUACGACCUUGACAUUGAGGAUGAAGAGGAGGAGGAGGAGGAAGAUGCUGACUGUGAUGACCAUGAUGAUUCUGGGAAUGAGGAGUCAUGACCUGCUCCUUUGAAGCCCCUGUACUGCCCUGCCAUCUCAGGCCAAAGGGAGAGGAGCAAGUGGGGACCUAGCAGUGGCCCCUCAGCAAAACCCUAUCACAGGGGGUGGGGAAAACAAACAUGGCUCCUGCUGACUCCCCUUGUGGAUCUCAGUUGGCUCCUUUUUAUGGACCUCUUAAUGGAGGGAAGGUAAUUGUGAACGAAAGGGGCCACAUGUAGACCUGACAAGCUCAGGGGAGGCCUGCAUGGCAGUCUGAGAGACCUAAAGUAACCACAAUGAUGGUCUGAAAUUAAACUUUAACUCAAAGCAGUUAUGGUGGGCAGUUACGUCCUAGACCGGUAUCUUCACUGACAAGGUCAACCUUUACCUUAACUGAGCCUAUCUGUCUUUUUGCAUCUAUGAUAACACAGCGUUGAAAUGUCUGGGUAACUUGUAACUUCCCUUUUUCUGUAGCCCCUGAGGCACAACCAAAUGUGCUGGGCGCUGGGCGCUAGGACAGAUACCACAAGUUCCUUCAUUGUUAUGUUAAUUGAUCCUGCACCCACCUAAGUAUGUGUCCAUCAUUUUACUUUUAUCCAAUCCCAGGGAUUUCCCUGCUUUGCUUUAUCCCUCCUCCUUAAUCUAUCACCAAUGAAUUUCAUGUAACCCACUUAUGUCCCUCCUUUGAUUGCAAAUGUAUAAAUACAAAUGUAACCCCACCAUUCUCCGGAGCACUAUCUCAACUCCUUGAGGUUCUGCUUCCUGGCAUAUGUCGACAGUUUGGCUCAAAUAA